GAGAACAGAAUAUCAACAUGUCAACCUCAGAAACCACAGUGGUUGUCAUCCACAAUCCUCCUCGUAGGAGAAGACGGAGCAAAGAACAACCUCCUCACAUGAGGAUUGUUGUUCUGGGUUCGAGUGUGUCAGAAAACAGUCUGGUGGGAAACUUCAUCUUAGGACGAGCAGCGUUUGACAGUGAAGCUCCUCCAGAUGUUGUAGAGAGAGUCGGAAGAAGACUGAAGGACAGACACCUGAUGAUCAUCACCAGUCCUCAGCUGCUCCAGAGGAACAUCUCAGAUCAUCAGAUCACACAGACAGUGAGAGAGUGUGUGUUUCUGUCUGAUCCAGGACCUCAUGUGAUCCUUCUGCUCCUCAAACAUGAGCCGUGUUCAGCAGAAGAUCAGGAGCGUGUGGAGAAGGUGCUGCUCUCUUUCUCUGAGCAGGUUUAUCAACACACCAUGGUGCUCACAACACAAGAGACCAAUGAAACCAAUGACAUCCUACAGAACAUCAUUCAGAAGUGUGCAAACAGACACUUCAGUCUUCAGAGAAGCAGCUCUCCUGACGAUCUCCUGCAGAUGUUUGAGGACAUUGUGAAGAUGAACGAUGGACUGUGUCUGGAUUGUGCUGAAGUUUCAGAGUGUAAAAAGCUGAAUCUGGUUGUGUGCGGGAGUGACAGGACAUUGAAAUCCUUCAUAUCAGAUCUGAUCCUGCAGCAGAAAGACAGAAGAUCAGACGUGGAGCUUCAUGUAAUAGAUCUUCCAGCUCUGAUCCGUCUCUCAGAGGAGGAAGUGAUGCGUCAGACUCACCGCUGUGUGUCUCUCUGUCAUCCUGGAAUACAUGUGUUCAUCCUCAUCAUUCCUGGUGCUCCACUUAAUAAUGAAGACAGAGCAGAAAUAGAGAAGAUCCAGAGGAUCUUCAGCUCAAGAGUCAACAAACACAUCAUGAUCCUCAUAAAGCAGAAUUCAGAGCAUCAGACAGAAGAACUCAAUGAAGAAACACAGUCUGUCAUUGAGAGAUUUGGAGGAAGACAUCAUUUCAUUGGGCCAAACACACAGGUGUCCACAUUGAUGGAGAAACUGGAGCAGAUGGUUGAGGAAAACAGAGGAGAGUUUUUCUCCACAGAGACAUUGAUGGAGACGCAGAUGAAAAAACUGCUGAAAUUUGAAGAGAUGAAGAAGAAAAUUCAGUCACUAGAAACACAUUUACUGUCACAAGGUUCAACAGAGAGAGAAGAUGAUCUGAGGAUUGUGCUGCUGGGAAAAACUGGAGUCGGGAAGAGUGCAACUGGAAACAGCAUCUUAGGAAGAGAAGCAUUUACAGCAGAAGCAUCUCAAGAGUCUGUUACUAAAGAGUGUCAGAGAGAAACAGAUGAAAUCAACGACAGACACAUUACUGUGAUCGACACUCCAGGACUGUUUGAUACUGAUCUCAGUAAUGAAGAAAUACAGAGAGAAAUCAGCAACAGCAUCUCCAUGAUCCUGCCUGGACCACAUGUGUUCAUCAUCGUGCUCAGUUUAGGACAACGAUUCACUAAAGAAGAAGCAACAGCUGUGGAGAUCAUCCAGGAGACGUUUGGAGAGAAAUCGUUAAUGUUCACCAUGGUGCUCUUCACCAGAGGAGAUGAUUUGAAGAACAAAACCAUUGAUCAAUGUUUGGGAAAACCUGGAUCUGCCCUUAGAAACCUGAUUGAUGAGUGUGGAAACAGAUUCCAUGUGUUCAAUAAUAAAGAGACUGGAGACCGAACACAGGUGACUGAACUACUGCAGAAGAUAGACAACAUGGUGAAGACAAACGGAGGGAGUUACUACUCAUGUAAGAUAUUCAGAGAGAUGGAGAGAGAAAUACAAGAACAACAGAAGAACAUACUGAUGGAGAGAAUCAGAGAACGAGAAGAAGAGAUGAAGAAACUAGAAAAAGAGGAAGAGAGAAUGAAGAUGAUUAAAGAAGAACGACAGAAUCAGGACAAAGAGAGAGACAGAAGAGAAGAAGAAAAAGAAGUUGAGAAAAGAAGAGAGAGAGAGAAACAGAUUUGUGAUGAAGAGAUUCAGAGACUGAAGAGUGAAAUGGAGAGAAUAAUCAGAGAGAAAGAUAGAAUAGAAAGAGAGAGACGAGAACAAGUAGAGGAUUCAGAGAAGAGAAUGAAAGAAGAAAGAAAGAUGAGAGAAGAUGAACAGAAGACUCUUGAAGAACAGCAUGAAGAAGAACUGAAGAGAAGACGAGUGGAUGUGAGAGAGGAAUAUGAAAGAGAGGAAGAGGAGAAGAAGAAGAUCUGCCCUGAAACUGAUCCUUCACUGCAGAGAAUCCUGAACAGCAACCAGCCAGGCCUGAUAAAACAGGAAAUCCUCUCACCCAAUCCUGCUGAAAAGAAGAUGGCUGACUCAAAGACACUGGAGCAGCUAAAGAGCAAUAGGACAUCCGCAAAGCGACAAUUCUCACGGCUGGCUAACAACGUAGUCCGAAUGCAUGCCAUCACACCUGAAGAGGAGCUCAGGGACAGUUUCAAAAAGCUCAUAAUUGAGGCCAACAAGGUCAUGGAAGCCAAUGAUGAUGUAGGGGCCCAGUACCUUGUAGAAGCCGAGCUGGAUACAGAUUCCGAAGGAGUUCCCAGGUUGAAUGAGCAGCAAAAGGCCAACCUUGGGAAAACUGCAAGUGAGUGCGAGAUGAGAUUGAAUGAGCUCAAAGAGCUUAUCCAAAAGACACUCUGGGCCAACUUUGGAGAAGAGGAACUGACAAUGGCAGUGAAGGCUGUGGAGGAGGAAGUAGAGAGUGUGGUGUCCUUUGGACCUGGUGAAAAUAAAGAGGUUUUUGACUUCAUGUUUGAUUACAUGGAAAAACUGGUUAAGAGAGCCAAAGAGCUGCACGUACAGUGGAAGUGUUGGGCUCCUCCUGCUGAACGAAAAGGUUUCCAGCUGCAGGUCUUGAGCAGAUCAUCCCCAAGUUAA